AUGAAGUCAAACCCUAGUAAAUCUAAAUCCAGAUCUCCGUCUAGGAAAUCUAUACCCUCCGUCCCUCGCUGCCCAAAUAACGUGUUUGUCCCCGAGAGAUCUAAAGAUAGAAGUCCGCCCUCUGGAUCUACUGUUCCAAUCGUCCCUGUUUUUGACCCCGACCUCCUUCCAAAAAGGCUAUAUGCAACCUAUCCUGGUAGUCAAAAAGGGACAGAUAUAACUCAUGUUACGAAGAGUCCCAAAGGGACAGAGAAAACUCCUGUUAUAAAGAAUCCCAAAGGGACAGAGAAAUCUCCUGUUACGAAUAGUCCCAGAGGAGGCGAGGAGUCUCCUCCAUCGAAAAGCCACAGAGGAGGCGAGAAGUCUCCUCUUUCGAAUGAUGGUGACAACAAUCAGCCUAACCCAACCUCUACAGGAAGUUCUGAGAUCAAGGACAACAAUCCAAAAAACAGGGACAAGGACAAGUAUGCAUCACCUCCAAACUUUUUUUCUACUCCCCUGGAAGCGUUUGCAGAUGAAGCAGAAGAAGGAGACGAGACUGUUCAGGUCCCAAUUGGAAAAGAUGGUUGUGGUGGGAAAGAAAAAGUUGAUGCUGCCCCGGAGGAGGAAGAUGCAAAUCAGAGGCCUGAUGAGGACGACGCUGAGGAAACAAAGGUGACUGAAGAAGGUCAAGAACCCAGUGACGAGACUGAGGACGAGGACAACAACAAUGAUAAUAGUAAAUCCGAAGACGAGGACGAGGAAAGCGAUACUGCCAGUUGUGGUGGCAGUCCUGAGGAUAUGGCUGUAGAAGAUGAUCAAGUUGUCGAGGACCAAAACGACGAAGCUGUAGAUGAUUAUGAUUCUGGCGAUGAGGUAAUAAUAUUAUAG